UGGGCAAAGGCCGGGGCCAGCCCGGGAGUGGAGGGCGGCCAAGCCGGGUGGUGGCGGGCGCAUCCUGCGACGGUGACUCGCAUCCUGGGACGGUGUUUUUGACCCAUCACCUGAAGGAUUUCUUCUAACUGAAGAAAGUGCUGGUGUUUCCUCCUCAAGUCAGGAAUGCCUCUCUUUGGGAGUAUAUUCAGCCCAAAGAAGACCCCGCCUCGGAAGUCGGCCUCUCUCUCCAACCUGCAUUCUUUAGAUCGGUCAACGCGGGAAUUGGAGCUGGGCCUUGACUAUGGAACUCCUACCAUGAACCUGGCGGGGCAAAACCUGAAGUUUGAAAAUGGCCAGUGGGUAGCAGACACAGUGAUUAGUGGAGGUGUGGAUCGUAGGGAGACUCAGCGCCUGCGCAAACGGAACCAGCAGCUGGAAGAAGAGAACAAUCUCUUGCGGCUGAAAGUGGACAUUCUGCUGGACAUGGUGAGCAAGGCAAUCUGGAAGGGACGCCUGGGUGUCCCCUUCAAGGAAGCUCUGUCUUGAGUCAAGCCACCUAAC